AAUCAGGCAUUGAAUUGUAAGAAGCAUCGACCAUAAGUAUCAGAUAUUGGGUUCAUUCCCAUAUGAAAACAUCUUAGGGCUUCUGACUCAGAUCUACUGCAUUUACAUUUUUUGCAAUGUUGAUAGGGAAAUAAGUAAUUUACUAAAAGGUCACACCAGUAUCCUCAUCAAUCCAGAAUGCACUUUGGGCUUUGUGGGCUUGGGGGUAGGGGAUGAAUACAAAUGCAGCUGUUUGUCAGGCAGUGGGGAGCACCUGUGUGGCCAUAUAGGUUUUGACAUGCAGUCCUGGACCAGUUUGGGAACUGAUUUAUCUAAAUUCCCUUAUUUUUGUGCAUAAACUUGCUAGCCACAGUGAUAGCUGCAUACCGAGAUGUUGACGAAAGUAUUGGUUUUAAAUUCAAAAUAAUUUAGGUUUGGGACUUUGAGUCCCGGUCACUCAAAUUUGAGCUUGUCUGCCAUUUCUAAAACUAGAGACCAUAGGAAUGUAGCAGGUGGAGUUGAACUUGUUCAGCCCAGGGGUUGCCUCUAUUCAAUUCAUCUGGUGCGUAUCAGAUGCAUCAAUCCCUAAUGAGACCAAGUUGUUUUAGCUAACAAGCACAACAUACCCCUCUACGGAACCAAACUAUGGCACAGGUAAGGCUCCCCAAUUGUCCUUCUGCACUUUUUAAAAUAUGGACCAUUUGUGCUAAACCUUGGGUUUUGUAAGCCUUGAAUUAUGUCACUUGUCUGAAUGUAGUGUUUUUGUAUUUGCUUAUUGUUCGUCGAGAAUGACCUUCAAAUUCUGUUCGUGUUAUUCCUCUUUUACUAAAAGUCUGAAAGUAUGCAGACUUUCAGAACUAAAACAUCUCUGUGAAGGCCGACAUGAGAGUCUGGCCUGAACAACUGCAACACACACAUCCUCUUUAUAUGAAUGAAUAAUCCAAAAAGGCAUGACUUUCCAUAAUGGGCUUGAAUUUUGAUUGGCAAAAUAAAUUGGAACGAAGUCUAAAGUAUGUGCAUAUCCAGUUUGUUGAUCUUAAUCAUUGUUUUGCAAUUCUGAAAGCACUUAAAAUGUGAUAUCUACUUUUUUUUGUAGCCACUCCAGCUUUUUUGUAUGCUAUUGUUAUUCACAGCCUAACGUGACUUUGAAGAAGAGCCUUUUCCAAAUGUGAAUGUAAAAAGCCAUGCAGACUAGUACACCGAGAUGACAUUCACUUUUAUAUAUUUUUCCAAUUCCUGAAACUUCUCUUGUUGGAUUGUAUCAGUCUAGCAGCUGGGUAUAUCAGUCAGAUGCUCAAUGAUAAACUGCUGGUUGUUCGUCAAGAAUUACUUUCAAAUUCGGUAUAUUUUCUUUUCUGAAAGUCUGAAAGUGCGCAGACUUUCAGAACUAAAACGUCACUGUAAAGGCCGACAUGAGAGUCUGAAUGAAUAUCCAAAAAGGCAUGACUUUCCAUAAUGGGCUUGCAUUUUGAUUGGUCAAAUAAAUUGCAAGGAAGUCUCAAGUAUGUGCAUAUCCACUUUGUUGAUCUUAAUCAUUGUUUUGCAAUUCUGCAAGGACUUAAUAUGUGAUAUCUACCUUUUUUUGUAGCCACUCCAGCUGCUCAAUGAUAAACCACUGGUUUAACAGACACUGACAAGUUUUAUCAUUGUUGGUGUAUUAUAGCAUUGAAAGCUUAUCUAAGUGUCUUAAGCUUAUCGUAGCCUUGUCAGGUAUUUUAAUGCUCAAUGAUAUUUGUCAAACAAGACAUAGUACUAUCCCAGGGUGUGGUUGGACCCAGGAAUGUUCAUACUUUCGCUUUCUCUAUCAAAAACCUUUGUUUAAAGUUGGUAGCUAAACAACCAUUGAUCAACCGUUUGUGACCAGUCUUUCUAGUCUGUAAUGUUAAUAAAGAAGGUAUUCCAACUAGAUAUUUCAAAAGAGUGAAUGAGAUUGAAACGAUGAGCAACAUUUAAGCCAUACACAUCUACUCUUCUGGACUCACCUGCACAGAGUAUGCACUGAGGCUCUUUAGUGACUGAUACAAACUAGGGACUGAUACACACACAAAAGACACUGAGGCACGUCAGACACUUUGACAUUAGACUUAUGUAAAAUGUUCAAUGAUGAACAGUUUCAAUAGCAUAGCAUAACGUCUACCUCAACUGUUACUCAUGUUUGCAUUUUACAAGGUAUUGCUACAUUUCAACCACUGUUAAAAUGGGGAUUACUUUAAAAAAAGGAAAAAAUUCUUUCCCUUCCUGUACGGCUGUGACGUGACACCAAGAUAUCCCGUCUAGGAUUACACGGGAACAUUGGGAAGUCAUCGAGACAUGUGACAAAACAAAACAUUGUCAAUGAAAUGUGGGUUAUGCGGUCACAUUACAAUUCAUAAUAUAAUCUGUGUAUUCUGUUCUCUUCUGUCCAACAUUCCUCGUUUUGUAGAUAUCUAAAGUUGAGUGUGUGCUAAUUAACUAAGAAAGAGCUUCAUUCUAAAUAUUAUUCAUUCUGGCAUACUUUUCUAGGGCCCAGGUAAACAAUACUCAACCAACCCUGCCCAACCGCCUCCUCCUAAACCCAAACCAAGAACCAAGUCAUUCGACCUGCCUCAACAUAUCCUGGGCCCAGGUAAUCAAGACAAAACCGACCGAGCCCCAGCACCUGCUCCCAAACCCAAACCCAAACCAGGACCCAAACCAGAUUGCCUUUUCCAACGUAUUGUCCUGGACCCAGACUAUCUGAAGCAGUGGUGGGCUAGUGUGUCACCUUGGGAUUCCCUCCAAGAAGACUUCAACGGCAAGAAAGAAAAUGAGAUCAUUGCUGUCAAAGCCAGGCGGUUCCACAUUGCAGUCCAGCUGUUUGACCUGCUGAUGACUGAGAAAACUAAAACCCUCAGCAACUACAUGAGUCAGCUGAACCUCAUCGCGGACCACUUGGACAUGGUGUCCAACAGGACCAAGGUUGCAGGGAUCAGUGGUGGGACCACAGCCGUGUUGGGGGGCCUUGCAGCAGGGGCAGGGAUUUUAUUGGCCCCUUUGACGCUGGGGGCCUCCCUGGCCAUUACUGUUGUCGGGGCGGGCGUGGCCACAGCGGGCGGAGUCGCUGGCGCCUCAGCGGCCAUCGCCCACAAAGUGGACCUGGAGAAUGAAAAGAAGAAGAUCAGAAAGGUCUUCCAGGACAACAAGGACAACAUUCAGGACCUUCAACGCUGCCUGGAGUUCAUUGUGGAGGGCAUGAACCAGCUGGCCCAGCACCCAUCCGCCUCGCUGUCCAAAGUGAAAGUGGACCCUGUGAAGCUCAACAUGGUGUACCAUCUGGGCGGGGGCGUGUGUCCUCGCGCCAUCGAGGCCAACGUUAAGGCAUCGGGGAUCAUGGAGGGGCUCGCCAUAGGGCUCGAUAUGUUCUUCAAGGAUGGAAAAGGAGCGACCAAGAAUAAGCUUAGAUCCAAGUGUGCCGCCAAACUGCGUGUGUUGGUGCAGGAGAUGGGCACGGGGCUGAGGGAGUUUGAGAGAGCCAAAGAGUCGCUCAAGGUGUUUCUUCCAUGAACAAGAACAUGGAGAUAUCUGGCGCGCUGGCCUUUAGCCAAUCAACUUGGCACACACACACACACACACACACACACACACACACACACACACACACACACACACACACACACACACACA